CUGCGCCAGCGAGCGUUUACUUCGUAGUUUUUAGCCGUCGAAGAUUGAGAUUAGAUCUACGACUCAGAGCUCAGAGGCGUCGCUCGCGGCUCUGCAAAAGCUCAGAGAUUAAAAAUCUUUUUUAUUUUUCCUCAAGGAAAAAAAUAAAUAACAAAAAAAGAAAACCAGCUGAUCUCCUCUUUCUCCGCUCUCUCUCUUUUCCUCGCUCGGCUGCGAUCCGGCUCAGUCUUUGCGCCGAUCCGCUUCCAACUUCCAUCAUCUCCCUCCAUUUCUUUUUCCCUCUCUUUCUCUCCUCUUCUCACUCUUUCUUCCUACUAAAAAUCUCUUCGUUUCAAGCUGCUGUCUUUCUCCUACCACAGAGCCAAGGCAAGUGACCGAGUCACUGAGUGAGGGACUGUGGGAACAUCUUUGACCCCUAACCAAAGCCCUAAAUUUGAUCGGUUUUUUGAAUUUCAGGUUCGGUUUCUCCCCAAAUGCGAGCUUCACAUAGCACCCACUGGGUGAUUGUUGGGCAGGAACAGUACUGAGAAGCAAAGCAGCAUAUAAAAUGGACUGGGGUGCAAGUAACGCUUUUAAAACCUUCAAAGAUGUGGAACCCAAAUCUAUGAUGGACAUGGGGCUCAUUCCAACCAUUGAUUCUGUAGAUAUUGGUUUGAGCUCCUCAGAACAGGGAAAUGCUACUCCUUCAGCGAAACCAAGAAAGAAGACUAUGACAUCAGUUUAUCUCAAGUUUUUCGAGACAGCUGCUGACGGAAAAAGUCGCAGGUGCAAGUUUUGUGGACAAAGCUAUUCUAUUGCAACUGCCACUGGUAAUCUGGGAAGGCACCUAAGUAAUCGCCAUCCCGGUUAUGAUAAGUCAGGUGAUGUUGUCACCAGUUCAGCACCACCACCCAUCACUGUAGUCAGGAAACAUCAACCUCAAUCAAAAGCACCACAAGUGGAUUACAACCAUUUAAAUUGGUUGCUUGUUAAGUGGCUAGUCUUAGCUUCUCUACCUCCAGCAACAUUGGAAGAAAAGUGGCUAGCAAACUCGUAUAAGUUUUUAAAUCCAUCAAUACAACUAUGGUCAAGCGAGGAGUACAGAAAAACAUUUCAUGAAGUUUUCAGGAGUAUGAAGGAAGUGGUAAGAGCAUCUUUGGAACAUGUUUCUUCGAAGGUCUCUAUAACGCUUGAAUUUUGGACUUCAUAUGAGGAAAUCUAUUAUAUGAGUGUCACAUGCCAUUGGAUUGACGAGAAUUGGUCUUUCCAAAAGAUGAUGCUUGAUAUCUGUCACAUACCUUACCCUUGUGGUGGUGCCGAGAUCUAUCAUUCCCUAGUGAAGGUUCUUAGGCUGUACAACAUAGAGAAUAGAGUCCUAUCAUGCACCCAUGAUAAUAGUCAAAGUUCCAUGCAUGGUUACUUGGAUGAUCAGAAGGUGGGGCCCUUCUGUUAUAUCCCCUGUUCUGCUCAUGUUUUGAACUUGAUCAUAGAUGAUGGAUUGAGAACCACAAAGCCGGUGAUCUCUAAGAUUCGAGAGUUUGCAAUAGGGUUAAAUGCAUCCUCAGAGAUGUCGGAGGAUUUUACUCAAUUCACAGCAGCUUACCAGGAAAGUACAUGGAAAAUGCCGCUUGAUACAUCAACACGGUGGAGCGGCAAUUAUCAAAUGCUAGACAUUGUGUGCAAGGCUUCUAAGUCUAUGGAUGCUGUUAUCAGGAAGUAUGAGACGCUAGGCAGUAGGAUGCUGCUGAGCUCUGCAGAGAAGAAUGCAGUCAAUAAUGUCCAUCGAUAUCUACAACCAUUCUACAAAACCACAAACAACAUGUGCACGAACAAGUUGCCCACUGUUGGGCUGGUUCUUUUCUUCAUGGAUCACAUUUCUGAGACAAUUGCUGCUUGCAGAGAUUCUCACCUUUACCCAGACUUGUUAAGAAAUGCUGCUAAAGAAAUGGCCGAAAAGGUUAGAGGUUACAAUAACCAAGUUUGCAACAUAAUCAUAUACAUGACCGCAGUUCUUGAUCCUCGAAUCAAAGGAGAGCUAAUUCCUGAGAGCCUCAACGCAGAAAAUUUUCUCGACGAAGCGAGAACUCAUUUCAUUAGAAAUUACUCGACGAGUCAUUUCCCAUCCAUGACUAGUGGAUACAGUGCUCAAGAACUAGAAGAGGGAUGCAAUGUCUCUUUUGCAGAGGAAAUAGCAAGAAAGAAAAGAAGGGCAAACAUGAGUAGCGCAACUGAUGAGCUCACUCAAUAUCUGUCGGAGCCUCCGGCUCCAAUAGCAACAGAUGUUCUGGAGUGGUGGAAGGUCAAUAGUAUGCGCUACCCACGGCUUUCUCUGAUGGCUCGGGAUUUCUUGGCAGUGCAGGCAGUUUCAGUGGCACCUGAAGAACUGUUCUGUGGCAAAGGUGAUGAAAUUUACAAGCAGCGGUUUUGUAUGCCGCAUGAUAGCACGCAAGCUCUGCUUUGCAUAAGGUCAUGGCUACAAGGUGGGAUGAAACUGAAGUAUAAGACAACUGAAAUAGAUUUUGAGCGGUUGAUGGAAUUGGCAACAACUGCAGCUACAGCUGAUAAUACCACUCCUGGCUCUGAGAAGAAACAAAAAUACUGAAGGGAACACUGAUGAUCUAGGUCAUAUAUAUAUUGACAUGCCAACUGCUAAUCCCACUUAAAAAGAGGGGAAAUUACAUUUUAAGCAUUUCGAAAUGCUAUGUUGUACGUAUUAAUUAGGCCACAAUUUCAUAUUCGGAUCGGAUGUACAGUUGAAAAUUGUGAUAAUGCUAACCAGAGAUGGAGACAA